AUGGCCCACGGUCACUACCGCCACUCGCGCAUUGGCAAAUUACACAAUGUUAGACACCGCCGGGAAAUUGCACUCAAUGGUGAAGAUUCUGGCUCUGAUUUACUUAAAGAGGUCGAUCCUCUGCAAAAGCCUAUUCUGCCCGCUACUGAUGUACUAUCAGAUGAGGAUUGUGACCCGCAAAACUCGAUAUGCCUUCAAAAUAAGAUGGGUGAAUCCAAUGCACUUGGAAAGCGGGACGACACAACCUCUGUGACCACUAUCGAGACUGUGCUGCAGGUAGUUGAUGCUAGCUCACACAUCCUGUUGCAGUCGACUGUUGCGGGUUACCCAAUGACGAUUUCAGAUUCCAGCUAUGGCACGUUCACCAUCUCCGGUUCAGAGAGCCCGACUGCAACUGCCUCUCUGGGUGUGACUAUCUCUGCAGAGAUCUCGUCAAUGACAUCGCCAACACUUGCCCCUGCUGUCCAGCCGACGAUUUCGUCGCUGGCUGAAACUUCGCUUUUGACCUCUUCGGCUAUUUCCACCCAAUGCACGUCAAAUUCAACGAGCCAAAAUCCAUCAUCCACCAGAGUCUCUUCAACCAUCAGCACUCCUGUAGGGACUUCGACCCCUCUCAUCGCUUCCUCGAAUUCUACGCGCGCUGCUUCUGUAACCUCACCUCAGGCGCACAGUUACUGGUCAUAUUCCAUUCCCAGCUCUAGUAGCUCGACAACUUCAACUGCCAGUUCCACUACCAGUUCAACUAGCAGCGAAACCUACACCACAUCCUCAUCAGGCGGAUUUGGAAUUUCCGAACAGCCUCCCACGGCGACAGGUACUAAUUCUGCGCCAGCCACAAGUGAAACGCAGGCUUCGGGGCAGGGCUCUUCGAGCAAUUCUGACACAUCAAAAAUCGUGGGCGGUGUAGUAGGAUCGGUCGCCGGUCUCGCUUUGAUAAUUAUUCUUCUCUUCUACUUCUUGCGUCGCCGAGGAUUCUUCAUGGGAAACAAGAGACACAGAGCCAUCUCAGACGACGCAGCUGCCGGCACUGGGGCUGGGGCUUUAGCAGGAGUGGGAGCGGGGGCAGGGGCAGGGGCUAGAGAAGUGGCCGAACGUCGUGCAAGUAACGAUCCCCUCUUCUCAGCCUCCUAUUUCGCCCCCGCCUUCAUGAAGCGAUGGCGCCAGUCGACCGCAACAAUGCGUACAGACAGCACCAUCGACUCCACCUCCAGCGAACGCGGCUUCCAAAAGAUUUCUGGCCGCAAGCUGCCCCCCGUCCUCACCCAUGGCGGCGAUGGAUUUGGCGGAGGCCUGGAUGGCGAUUCUCCUACCCUCCCAGGCUUCCUACCUACUUCGCCAGGGCCGGGACCAAUAGGAUCACCCUCCACCCAUGCUCCGCCCCCGACCUCGCCAUAUGGCAUGCCCUUGGAUUCGAACUAUACCCGCGAAAUUGAGGAGCUCAAUUCGCCCUCACGGCCAAACCCCGUCCACCUUCCCGUUUCAAGCGCGGUUAACGUGGCUCAUCCAAUCACCAUUACGCCUGCGCACCCCAUUGCACAGCCCCAGAGUGCAAUCCCGUUCAUCCCUCCGCGGCCGGACGGACUCGGUCGCAGUCUGCACAGCUACGACGGCAGUCGAAGUAGUCGCUUUACUGAGGGCAUUGACAUGUAA